AUGCUUAAUAAUCUUUUAAUGAAUGCUAUCCUAAAUAAUAACAGAUCACUAAUAAAAUACUCCCUCAAGAAUUUUAUAAGAUUUAUGAGGACAUCAAAGCAGUAUAAGGAAUUCAUGGGAUUCAAGAAACAUCUAGAGCUCACAGUAAUAAGAGAGCUCCUCACCUAGUUCUAACUCAUAGAAUAUGCAGUCUAGGUAAAUAACACUGACUUAUUUAUGUUUCUUCUUAAAGAGUUCAGAGUCAGUUAUAAAGAUCAAAUUUUCUAGAAUAUUGAAAAGACUAAGCGAAUGUUCACUAUAGUUAAUAGAAAUGGGAACAUCUAAAUUUUGAAAGAAAUAUACAAGCUGUAUACUAAAUAGUAUCAAGACUACUUAUUAAUCCAUGCAGAGAAAUACAAUAAUACAAAUUAACUCUAAUAAAAUAUCUUUGUCGUUUCUGCGCUCAUGAAUAACCUUAGAUGCCUUGAAUAUAAUCUAAACUUGAUAGAAAAAUUAAAGGGGGUAAAGUGGAUAAAAUAGAAAAUGCUAUUUAUCCCUACACUCUUGAACUUUGGCAUAAUUAAUAAAAACAGUAAUUCAGUAAGUCUGCUUCUAAGGUAUGUUGACCUAUCUGCGAGAGAUGAAAGUAUUUACACGCCAUUAGAAUUAGCUUGCAAAACUUAUAGUGAUAACUAUCUAGAAAUUAUAGAAAUUUUACUUUUAGCUGAGCAAUCAGAUUAGAAAUACAUUCCCAUCAACCCAUUGAAUAAGAAAUGCCAUCUAAUUUAUAUGAUAAAGAAAGAUAUACCUCUGAGAAUAAUCAAUCAAACCCUUGCCUUGUUCAAUAAAAAAUCAAUCAGUGAGUAUAGAACAAGAGAAAAUUCAAAUCUUCUUCAUAGAGCAAUAAUGAAGGAAAACAUAGACUUAAUUAGAGCUUUACUUUCCUAUUUCGACUAUAAAUCUUUCUUUGAAAGAUCAAGUAAUGGAGCAUAUCCUUCAUUAGAAGCAUAGAAGUCAUCAAAUUUGGAAAUCAGAAGGAUAGUAUAAGACUACAUUAACUACAAGGAAGUGUAAGAAUUUAUGGAAAAUGAAUGGAAAAAUGAUCCUACUGUGCCCGAAAAGCUGCUAUUAUUAAAAAAGUAGUUAUUUUAUCAGGAGUUCUUCACGAACACAAAUUGUAAAUAUAUGGGGGAGGAUAUUGCCCUAGAGUAUUGUAAAAACUAGGAAAAGCUAUUUUCUAUGAUUUUUGAAUCGAAAAAAGUUAUUCAACUAUAAAAGUAUUAAGUGGUACCUCCAAGCUAAUUAUUUUUGGGAUCAAAAAUCAUUGAUAAUGCAGAUCCUGUUUUUAUUAAGAGUAGGCCAAAACAAAUUAGAAGUAAGCCAGUCAAUCUUAAUCCAUAUGAAACUAUUCAACAUGAAAGAUCACCUUCAGCUAUAGGUUUAAAUAAAAAAGAUUCCUCAUCUCAAUAAGAAUCAGCGAGUGGCAAUAUGAUAGUAACGAGUAUUUAAAACUACUUGAAUAGAAUGCUUCAUAGAAACAACGAAAUAGUUGAUGAAAUAUCUGAUUUCAUAGGGCCUAUAAUUUCAGAGUUGAAUAAACAAAAUGUCAAGUAUAAUGAUAUGAAAUUAGAAGAAGCUCUAGACCCAAAUAAGAUGACUAUUGGAUAGAAAAAUGAAUAUGAAAAACAUUAAAAAUAAAAGUAAAAGGUAUUCAAGCAGCUUGCUAAGGAUUAUUCAAACAAAUUAAAGAAUCAUUCUAUAGCAAAGAAGUUGGAAUCAUAAGAGUAGAAUGAUGUUGAUAAAUUACUCAUUAAUGUUGAUUAAUCUCAAGAUAGACCUAAUACGACAUUCUAGAAUUAUUCGAAUGAAAAUAUUAGACUAAAAGCUUCAUAGAACGAAUCACUAGGAAACUCAUUAGAAAGGAGAAAGGAAACUUCAGAAGAAUUCACUGAAGGAAGUUUUGAAAAAUAAUAGUAGCAAAGGCACCCUAAAGCAUUAGAGCACGAUGAAAGUAAGGGAAAAAUCUCCUUAAAACUUAGUUCCCUUUUCUCCGCCUAUCGGCCAGAAGUUAAAGAAUUAGAAAUCAUUGUAAAAGCAAAACUCAAUGAACAAAAAGCCGUCGAGAUAAAAUACUAUUAAAUAAAAAGCAGCUCUUAAUAACUCUAAUUAACCAGUUUAAACCCAGAAAGUAUCAUCACCUUAGUUGAGAAGGAGUACUCUGAACCCACAAGGAGUUUCGAAUAUAAGGAUAAAUUAAACAAGGAUGGACUAGUUAAAACUGACUCGCUUGACAUAUCUGAAUAAUAAAAAGAAAUCAUGAUAUCUUAUCGAACAAACGAGGAAGAAAAAUUGGAUGAAAGUAAAGACUAAAUCAACGAUAUAUUAAUAUCUGGAGAACUCAUCUAGGAUCCCUUCAACUUUGAACUAAAUAAAAUAGAUGAGGUUUCACAAAUGCUAGAAAAUGCUAGCCCAUAAAUAUCGCCAUCUGAGAAGGCGUUUUUCAGAAAAGAAUUAAAUAAUAAAGAUGAAAGUAGCAAACUCGUGAGUUAACAAGUUAGUGACAAUCAAGGGGUAAGCAACUUCAUUAGGCUGUAAAGAACAGAAAAUGAAAAUUCUACUGAAGAGGACAUACUCAGAUAAGACCUAGAGACACCAAUGCUUGAACUUACCUCAUAGACCAAAACACCUCAAUUAGAUGAUAAUGAACCAUUAACAAGGGUGCAUCAUGCUAAAAAUGUUGUAUCAGAUGACAUUAAUCGCAAAAAUUUCCCAAAAACUGACCCAGCUACUUAGAAUCAUACAUAAGGGAGGGGCUUUACAAAUUAGCUAACAAAAGCAAUAGAACUUGACAAUUAAUUCUAAAAUAGACUCUAUGAUACAGUAGGACCGAACAGUCAGGAGAAGCAAAAAUAACGAAUCAAAUUAUUUGGAUCCAUAAAUUCCAAUAAAUAUUUGGAAAAUAUCAAAUACAACAUGACACCUAACAAUUAUAAUGAUGAUAAAAAAUCAAUGUUUAGUGGCACAAGUAAUAUGGAGCAAAAAAUAGAAAUGAGAUCGUUUGUUAAGAAUAAAAACUCCUCCAUUCAACAGUCAACUAUGAGCAAUUAUAAUUAGGGCGCUAAGAAUCUUAAUAAAUAGAGGCUGCCACCAAAGUAUCAAAAUAAAUUCAAGUAAUCAAAUGAAAAUUUAAUACAGUUUGAACCAAGUAUUCAGAUUUAAUAAUAAGUAUAUUCACCUCUAAAAUGGUCUCAUACUGUGGAUAAUUUCAAAUUUGACAAGUAUAGAUACAAAGAUUAAAACGAGGCUAACAUGAUAAAGAAAGUCGUUAAGAAUGUUAACUUACUGAGACAUAUGAAAGGUUCUCCAUUAAGAUUGUAUCCAGAACUUUUUAAUUAGUAGAGUCAGCAAUUAAAUUCAGGGUAUUACUUUACUAGAAAUAUUUCAACUAGUCAGUCAUAAACUAUAAAGAGAUUUGACAUGCAAACUUUCAAUUCUCUUCAAAACAAAACCCCAAGCCUAAAUAAUUAGAAAGAGAUGCUUAGACAUAUGAAGAAAUCACUGAUAACAAAUAAUAUGGUAAACUAUAAAAAUGGUUUAAUGCUAGGCAAAACUUAAAAAUAUGUUCCUGUAUAAGUAGAUUAAACAAGCAAUUCUAUUCUCUAGGUGAAUGGAAGGACUACUAAGCAUUCUAUUUUAGAGGAGGCUAAUUACGAUUAUUACAUUGACUACAAAUAUACUCUGACCAAUACUCUAAAAAAGAGUUAGAAGUCUCAAGGAAGUCUGCUUCUAAAGAAUAAUAAACCACUUUCAAGAGACGGAAAAUUAAAAAUUAUUGAUGAGGGUGGCUCUAAAUCAAGGAAUUCAAAAGUAGAGCUUAAUAAUAAUCUAAAUCCACAAUAAUAAUCGAAUUCAAUAGACGGUAAUGAUACGUAUAAAAGUAAGCGAGAUUUGAAUAAUACUAGAAGGAAAAUUGUGUAUACAUUGAGCACAGAUAAUACUCCAACUGAGUCCCCAUUAAGAAAUCAGAGAAAUAUGAGACCCACUUCAUAAGAGGUAAUUCUUGAAACAGCACUUCUAAGUAGUGCUCCGAACUCAAAUGCUGAGGCUGUAGGAUUGCUUACAAGUAUCAUAAACUCUGAUGAGUAUUAUGAAUUUUUGGACAAUAGUCAUUAGAAAUUUUUGGAUUAACUUCACGCUUAUCCUAGCAUGAAAACAAUUCUAAAUAAAGAUAAGAUUUAUUACAAAAGAUUGAAAAACUCAAGAGUAGAAGUGCCUAUUAUCCUCGAUAAAGAGAUAAAUAAGGAAUCCAGCAUUAGUUGA